UCAGAGGUCCCAUGGAAGGGAAGAGGAGAAGACAGUGCUGGGAAGGGCUCUGCAGGGCAGCGCUCCUGGCCACCAUCCUGCUGCUGCUGUGGACAAAGGGGGUGAAGCUUCAGAAGUGGGGGAGCCCAAGCCCGGAGGAGAUGACCCAGAAAGAAGAAACACCUUCUCCAGACCAGAAUCAAGAGCAGUUUGAAGAGCACUUUGUGGCCUCCUCGGUGGGCGAGAUGUGGCAGGUGAUGGACAUGGCCCAGCAAGAGGAGGACAGGCCAUCCGAGACGGCAGCCGUCCUCGACCACAUCUUUCACCUAGCCUUCUACUUUAAUCUGGCCAGCAUAGUGAUUUUUUUAUGAGGGACAUGGAGGCUGAGGUGGUAGCCUGGUUCCUGGAUGAGAGCCUGGAUUCCUACCUUCGCUUCCUGAUCACCUACUGACCCUCCCUCCCCUCACUGACCCAAAGGACACGCACACGCUGCCUCCUGCUCAUCUUCCGCCGUGUCCCAGGGAGCAGCAGCAGCCAUAUCAGCUGCUAUCCCCACGCCUGCCUGCCUCCCAGAUAGCAGACCUGCGUCAUCCUCUCUUCCACACCUCUGGCUGGCUUUGUUCAGGACAGCAGAUUGGAGGGAGGAGGCAGAGAUAACAAAACAGCAAUA